AGUCAGCAGGAGCUCGCGCUGUGUUUGACAGAUGUUCCUGAGUGACAAACCUUCUCGUUGAACACUGGAGGUCUGAUUGGAGACAGCGGUGUGUGUCUGAAUCUUUACCCGGCAUAGAGGAGCGAGACCACCGCGAAAACAUGUCGGCUGACAGGGCGACGAGUCCGUGCAACAAAUUCCAAGCGAACAUUUUCAAUAAAAGUAAAUGUCAGAACUGCUUCAAACCCCGAGAGCUUCAUCUGCUGAACGACCACGACAAGGAGCAGGUGAAGCCAGUUUAUGGAGGCUGGCUGUGUUUGGCUCCAGAGGGGACAGACUUUGAAAACCCCGUACAGAGGUCCAGGAAAUGGCAGCGACGCUUCUUCAUUCUGUAUGAAGAUGGCAGUUUGAGCUUCGCACUGGAUGAACUGCCGAGCACCCUUCCUCAGGGGACCAUGAACCUUAAUCUGUGCUCAGAAGUCAGUGAUGCAGAAACCAAGACGGGUCAGAGAAAUGCUCUGUGCAUCACUACACCGCAACAGGAGGUCUUCAUCAGAGGAGACACAAAAGAGAUCAUUAACGGGUGGAGUGAUCAGCUGGCUGUCUUUCUGCGCAUCAACAAACAGAACCAGAAGAAGAAACGUAAAGUGGAGCCUGUAACCUCCCAGGAGCCGAGUCCAGCAAAGAUGGCUGCCAAAGAUCAAAGUUUCCUGAUCUUAGAGAGUCCUGCAGAGUCCAGCUCAGAUGUUCACUCGCUCAAGUGUACCUCUUAA